UGCAAAAAGCGGUGGAGGGGAGAUGGAUACUCGAAUUGUCGCAUCCCAUUUUAAGGUUUGCGGUACGCGUUCACGACCAUUCCAUCAUCACCCUCACCAACAUAUUUAUAACUGCUGUUUUAACAAAAAAAUAGGACUCUACUCUAUUGUUACUUCGGCUUCUUUAUUUCCCGCUCUUUCUUAUUCUCUUAAAUUCCGUUUCUUUAUUUUAAAAUUCUCAAAAGCAUUUGUUCUCAAAGUUGUAAGAUAAAUCGGCUGUACACGACAAACUGCUACAGAUUUCACUAGCAAUAAUUAUUUUCAGACAAAAUCACAAAAAUAUGAGAAUCUUUUCCUCGGUUUUUUGGCUGGCCUUGGUAAUACCAGCUCUCGCCCUUUUUUCUUCAUCGAGCCCGGUCAUUCAAUUGAACGACAAGACUUUUGAAAAGUCAAUCGCAACAUCACCGGCAACGCUUGUUCUAUUCUAUGCACCAUGGUGUGGUUAUUGUCAAAAAUUUGCCCCUACUUAUGAGAAGCUUGCAACCAGAUUGAAAAGCAUUAUUCCUGUAGUCGCCGUGGACUGUAAUGAAGAAAGUAAUAAACAACUGUGUUCUCGUUUUGAAGUCACUGGAUUUCCUACGGUGAAGAUGGUCACUUUUGCCGACCGAUUUGAUCAGAGCUUGAUGAACAUUGAGCCUCGUAUCCAUAGUUACAAUGGUGCUCGGGACUUUGCUUCUUUGAAAAAGUUUGUUGCAAAGAAUCUUCCUCAUCGCAUUCGUCGAAUUACUAGUGUCGAACAACUGGACGACUUUAUUUCGAGCAAGGAUUACCUGUACUCUGUCAUUCUCGUUUCCGAGAAACCCAAGGCCUCUAUGAUGUACAAGUCUCUAUCUAAUUACUUCCCAAGUGUUCAGUUCGCACAAGCCCGUUUGUCUGACAAACUCCCCUUGAGUCAUUUCCCUGAUAUUACAGCUUCAUCUAAAAGCAACUCUACCUUAUUAUUCUACAACCCUGCUACCGAAUCGUAUAUUCCAUAUGAGGGCCCUAAUGAUUUCUUGAGCAUUCGUGAUUUUGUUGACACAAACACGAAGAAUGUGUGUCCUUUGAACUACUUGCAAUUUGUUUGCAAAAAGAACCGCUGCCUGGUGGGAUUCUUCGACAGAGAGAAACACGAUGCCGACGAUUAUUUCAACAAAUUCAUUCGUCUGAACGUGCCUGGAUUCAUGUCUGUUCCCUUGGAUAAGUCGUAUACUAGCGUACAAAAACUUCUUUCUUCACUUACAUCUGAACCCAACGUGGACACAGUUAUGUUUGACUGGAAACAUAGUCAAUAUGCUUUGAAACCAGUGGACUCAACGCUCCAAGCUUGGGUUACCGACAUUAAGCUCGGUGAUUUCCGUGACUAUCAUCACUUUGAUUACGACGCUCUUAUGGAAGAAACAUGCCGGAAGACUCAAAGCCAAGAAAAUGAGAAUGAUGACGAUGUAAAUGACGAACUUUAGGAGAACUGGAGAUAAAAGCAAUUAAGCAUUCCGUGACUCUCGUGACUUUUAUCUUGUAGUGUAUUCUGAAUAAAAACUCGGCUUUUUUUAAUUGUGAUACGAAGAGAAGGUACUUAAUUUAUAAACACAAGCGUUCGUUAUAUGAGUAUACAUUUCAUAGUCAUUUGAUUUUUAAUUAUUUUAUUAAUUAAUUAACCUACUAACACAUGA